AUGCGAUCCGGCGAGAAACAGGACGACGAUAGCAGUGACUACGGGUCCGAUUUCACCUCCGACGAGGAAGAGCUUCUGAACGAACUGCUCGAGCGCGUCGUUGCCGCUGCGAAGCCAACAACAACACCGUCAACGCCGCCAUCCGAACAGCACAAUCUAUCAGACGCCGUGCAUGACCUCCAGCCACUAUCGCAACCACUGCUAGUUACGGAUAUAGAGGAUUAUGAAGUGCCUCAUGCAGCGCGCAUCCCGAAGGUCCUGGGUCGGGAGGCUUGGAGUCCUGCGUCAAAACGCGUAUGGCAGCAGAAGCAGCAUUUACCACCACCACCACCACAACAGCUUGCACAAAAGUCCCAGUCAAGCUAUCCCUCGUCGUUACAAAACCACGCCCGCUUUUCGUCCAGUGAACGCGAAGGAUCCAGUGAAGGAAGACCGCGAGAGUUAGAAAGACAGCAAGCACGUGAGAAGAAAUGGACAGAAACUCAAGAAAAAGCUGAUGCACAGACAACCAAUGAUACAACAGCAGCAGCAGCAGCAGCAGCAACAGAAGAUGCCCAUGCCCAGCAACCCUCGCCGCUCCAACGAUUCCGCAAACCGCCGAAUAAAGCGCUCUCAGUAUCAGAUUUGAUUGCUCCUGCUUGGUGCGAGCUACAAUAUUUGUAUACACUGACGAAACAUGGACGGAAACGGGCAACGCCGGCUAUGAAGCAAGGUAGUGCGGUGCAUAAAGUCCUUGAAGAUGAAGUUCACACCACGGUGCCAAUAGAUAUCACGACCAAAGAGGAUGGCUGGGCAUUGAGGAUAUGGAAUGUAAUACAAGGACUUCGCACACUUCGGGAGAAUGGGAUGACACGUGAGCUUGAGGUUUGGGGGCUUGUCGAGGGUGAGAUCGUCACCGGCGUCAUCGACCAGCUUUCCUACAUAUGCCCAAACCCUAAAUUGGAGACGACUGCUGCCGAACACUACGCCGAGGCCGAAGCUUCCAGGGCCGUAUUGCCGGAGUAUCAGAUGUCGAUUACAGAUUAUCUCUUGUCGCCGUCGGGGGGCGGAAGGAGAUUUGACGAAAUGUGGAAGGAUACAGACGAACCUGCUAUCGAGGCCGAAGACGAAGAUUACUUGGCGGAGCUCGACCAGUCGUAUCUCGAUGUUCCAAGAAUCUACAUGACCGACAUAAAGACCCGUGCUAGUCGUUCUAUACCUUCUGUAUCGAGUACAUCAUUUCGUCCCACACGUUUGCAAUUGCAGCUUUACUAUCAUAUGCUUAAUCGAUCGGUGACGAGUGACGACGUGACGAUGGAAAUGAUUGCUCAACGCUAUGAUCUGAACCCCGGGCGUCCAUUCACGGAUGCCUUUAUUGCGGAAGUCGGCGGCUUGAACGAGGAAUACUUCGAUGCUUUAUCUUCGCCAGGCUUGGGCUCGGAUGAUCCCGACUACGUACAGGGUGCGAGCAGUCAGGAUUCAAUUAGCAUUUUGCUUUCACACAACAACUUAUCCAGCCUUUGGAACCUGAUGAGGAAACACCUCCGCUACACGUUUCUUCCUACGUACCACAACAAAGAUAUAGCGCCGUCCAUUCCGGCCGCGAUGCAGCCUGCAUCGCUUGAAUUAUACCCUACUGUUCUUUCUCCAGUUCUUACUGCCAAAUAUCUGUCGUCCGCAACAGUUCCAGAAGGUGUUGCACCAGAUGAGUUAGGCAGUCGUUCUUUUCUUUUUGACCCUUGGGAUUUGACAUCAUAUGCAUCUGACCAACUGAAUUGGUGGCGCGGCGACCGGGAGCCGCGAGGAGUCGAGGUGUUUGAUGCAUGGAAAUGCCGGAUAUGCGAGUUCCGCGAGGAAUGCGAUUGGCGACAAGCAAAAGAGUAUGAACUGGCUACGCGCCGGAGGAGGUUGCCGAGAACAGCGAUGGAUAUGCUUGGGGCAUAA